UCUUUUUGGAACACCAUUUGUUUGGACAGGAUAGACCACUAAGGCAUUUUCAUCUCUUUAAAGCUCCCAGGACAGAGAGUAGAUUUGACGAAUUUCUUUUUUUUUUCCAAGAAUUUUUUUUUUUUUUGCCCCUUCCAACAUUUUGUUUAAGAGAAAAUGAGAUGUCUAUCUUCUGUUUCCUUAUUUUUUUUCAGGAAAGCAAAGGGUUGUUGACUUCCUCCCUCUCCCCUCCCUUCCUUCCUUCUUCCCGAAGGUACUCAUCUGAGAAAAAGAGAACGAAGUAUUGUUCCUGUUCUCCUUCUUAAGUCAUAUGAAAUACUGUCCCUGCUAGUUCUUUAAGUUCCCUGCAAUCUGUACACAAGAGAGAGGGAGAGAGAGACAGAGACAGAGAGAGCCAGGGACCAGGUAAAGCGGAGGGGUUGCUGCAGCCAUCCAGACCCAGGAGCUGGAAAACCGCCAAGGAUGCAGAAGGAAAUGAAGAUGGUCAAAGACGAAGAUGCGCGUUUCAACUUGGCUGUGAAGAGGACCCCGUGCUUUCCCCACUGCCUGCAGCCGGUGGCUUCCCGAGGGAAGGCACCCCAGAGACACCCCCUUCCUGAAGCCCUCCGAGGGCCGUUCUCCCAGUUUCGAUAUGAACCCCCAACAGGGCACCUGGACGGGUUCCCCGGGGUCUUCGAAGGAGGCGGGUCCCGCAAGCGGAAGAGCAUGCCCACCAAGAUGCCCUACAGUCACGCCGCGGAGGAAGCCCUGCUCGGCCUCCCCUCGCAGGAGAGCAAAGCCCGCGGGCCCGCAAGCCUCCCGCUGCUCUUCCCGCAGCCCCCGCGCCCCAAGUGUGACUCGCAGAUGAUCGACCUGUGCGACGUGGGCUUCCAGUUCUACCGCGCGCUGGAGCCGCUGGCCAGCAAGCCCAUUAAGCAGGAGCCCCUCAAGCAGGAGCCCCUCAAGCAGGAGCCCCUCAAGCCCAGCGCUGUGUGGCCGCAGCCGGCGCCCCCGCCCUUCCUGCCCGCGCCCUACCCUUUCUACCCCAAAAUGCACCCGAGCCUGGUGUUCCCCUUCUUCGUGCCCACCUCCUCGCCCUUCCCCUUCGGCCGGCACCCCUUCCUGCCCAAGCAGCCGCCGGAGCCUCCGCUGACCCGCAAGGCAGAGCCCCCAGAGAGCAAGGAGGCCAAGCAGAAGGUGGAGAGGGUGGACGUGAACGUGCAGAUCGACGACAGCUACUACGUGGACGUGGGCGGGGCACAGAAGCGCUGGCAGUGCCCGACCUGUGAGAAGUCCUACACCUCCAAGUACAACCUGGUGACCCACAUCCUGGGCCACAGCGGCAUCAAGCCGCACGCGUGCAGCCGCUGCGGGAAGCUUUUCAAGCAGCUCAGCCAUCUGCACACGCACAUGCUGACGCACCAGGGCACGCGGCCCCACAAGUGCCAGGUGUGCCACAAGGCCUUCACCCAGACCAGCCACCUCAAGCGCCACAUGAUGCAGCACAGCGAGGUGAAGCCGCACAACUGCCGAGUGUGCGGCCGGGGCUUCGCCUACCCCAGCGAGCUCAAGGCGCACGAGGCCAAGCACGCGAGCGGGCGGGAGAACAUCUGCGUGGAGUGCGGGCUCGACUUCCCCACGCUGGCCCAACUGAAGAGGCACCUCACCACGCACCGGGGCCCGGUCCAGUACAACUGCUCCGAGUGCGACAAGACCUUCCAGUACCCCAGCCAGCUGCAGAACCACAUGAUGAAGCACAAGGACAUAAGGCCCUACAUCUGCUCCGAGUGCGGCAUGGAGUUCGUGCAGCCCCACCACCUCAAGCAGCACUCACUUACCCACAAGGGUGUGAAGGAGCACAAGUGUGGUAUUUGUGGGCGGGAGUUCACUCUGCUGGCCAACAUGAAGAGACAUGUGCUGAUCCACACCAACAUUCGUGCCUACCAGUGUCACCUCUGCUACAAGAGCUUCGUGCAGAAACAGACGCUCAAGGCACACAUGAUCGUCCACUCUGACGUGAAGCCUUUCAAAUGCAAGCUAUGUGGGAAGGAAUUCAACCGGAUGCACAAUCUGAUGGGCCACAUGCACCUGCACUCAGACAGCAAACCCUUCAAGUGCCUCUACUGCCCGAGCAAGUUCACCCUGAAGGGAAACCUGACGCGCCACAUGAAGGUCAAGCACGGAGUGAUGGAGCGGGGCCUUCACGCUCAAGGUUUGGGAAGGGGCAGAAUGGCCCUGGUGCAGACCACAGGAGUCCUGAGGAGUUUGGAGCAGCAGGAGGAACCUUUUGACCUCUCAAAGAAGCGUGGGGCUAAGGGGCCGGUGUUCCAGUCAGAUGGGGAGAGCGCCCGGGGCAGCCCCUGCCAUGAGGAAGAGGAAGAGGAGGAAGAAGAGGAGGAAGAGGAAGAGGAGGAGGAGAGCUUCUGUGAAGCGGAGCCCUACAGCCCCGGCAUGGCCCUCCAGAGCCAGCAGCUCUGUGUGCCCCGAGAUCUGUCCACCAAGCCUGAGCAGACCCUCCAGGGGCGGGAGGAAGUGGGCGAGGAGGGGGAGGAAAAGGAGGAGGAAAAAGAGGAGGAAAAGGAAAAGGAUGUGAUCAAAGAAGAGCGAGAGGAUCGGAGCAAGGACCCCUACGGGGAAGCCUGCCAGCAGAGACAGGGGACCCAGGGGGCCGGCAGGGAGGAGCACCUCAGCCUCAGGGUUCUUCAGAGUGCCCGGCGGGGCCCCUCUUUUUCUGAUUACUUAUACUUUAAACACAGAGAUGAGAGUUUAAAAGAAUUACUGGAGAGGAAAAUGGAAAAACAAGCAGUGCUUUUGGGUAUCUAAGUGGACAGUGUUAAAAUUACAGUUGGGAGAUGAGAGCUAGGCGAUGCAAAUAGAGCUUUCUGCAUGAACUGCUGUCUGCUGGGGACUGGCAAGGGGCGCCCAGCUUUCCAAGUGACUCGGGUUAAAUGAGCAAGGGCUGCUCUGGUUAAUUAAAUGCUUCUCAGGCUGUUCCUUGGGCCCUUCAGACUUAACGCACACGCACAGGGUCUUUGGUGUUACUUCAUGCAUCUCUCAUGUAGUAAACUGCAUAUUCUUCUCUAUAUCUAAUCAUAACUGACCUUGAGGUGCUUUUAGAAAUUCUAUUUUCCUUUCACUAAUAUGCAAUACAUGGUAAAUUUCUUUCUAGUUGUAAAAUGAUGGUGCUUGACAUGUUACUUUCUUAAUAACUAUUUAGUUGAAUUCAUGAAAGUUAUAUUUUUCCAGUUAAAUGAAAAUAUUACUAGUUGUACAUCUAAAAAUAGCCUUAAUUGCAUAAGCACAAAUGCUGCAAAAGUGACAGAAGGGCUAGCUGUUGAAAAGGACAUUCCAAGUAGCUGCUGCAGAUGUAACCUGAAAUCUAAGAUGAUGAACAGUUUUCACUAAGAGGGAAUCCCAGCACUUAGAUUCCUGCAUGGGUCUCUCUAUUCUGUGUCAGCUCCCUUCACUAGUGGGGUGUUUGGAGCAUAUUCAUGGAUGACUGGGCUAUGCGUAGGAGCCCGGCUCCUCAGACUAAUGUCUUGUGUCCUUAGCAGAGGCCCCUCCUGGGGACCGCUGCUGCCUUCCUCUAAGGCCCCCUGCCUCAGAGGGCAGCUGCAGAGGGAGCUGUCACUGGUAAAGCUGGAGCUCAGGGAUGAGGGAGGAAUUAUCCCUGAAACAUGUUCUUACUAUUUGGGCUGUCAGAAUAAUGGCCAGAUAAUCGCUAUGCUGGAGACUUGCACUGUGUGCUCAAUGCUGACUACACAUUAGCAUCAUCCAAGAGAGCCUUUCCCAAACUACCAAUUUCAGGCCCCCAAGAUUCUGACUUAAAGCAGGAGGCCCCUGCUCUGGUAGUUUCUAAAUUGCCCACUGUGAUACAUGCAGCCAGGAUUGAGAAAGAUUCACCAGACUGAAAUGUACCUACUCAUGUUUUUAAUCUCUUGGGACACCUUCUCAGGGACUCCAGAAAUACUUGUGCUUCUGGCUUCAUAGUGACUCUGAGGCCUGAGGUAGAGGACAGGAGACCAGCAAUCAUCUGCAGACUCAGCCCUGCACACCUGUCCUCUACAAGCCUCAUGAGGGAACCACCCCCCCUGCAACAUAGACUCCUGGUUUGCGUACUAGAACCCGACGCUGGAGAUGUUCAUGACUGUUUCAUAUGCUGAAAGAUGCUUAACUGGCCCUGUGUGGACUCACUCUUCCUGCCCACACACUGGAUCCAUGAUGGGCCCUGCAGAUGGCCUCACUCAGGCCUGGCCCUGAAUAAAGAGAUACAGAUGAGGCUGUGAGAGAUACAGAUGAGACAGUGACACCCAACAGGACUGUGUCUGCAUUUAUAUAAAUCCUGCCUUUUGGUGAGGAUUUCAGCUCCUCCUCACAGAGCAGGAAACUGCCGAGUGCUUUGCUUUUCCUCCUCCCACACUUCCCAGGACGUUUCUUUGGAAGCUCUGGCCCAUUUCCAUUGGCCAGAUGCUGGCUUUUUCUCUCAACCUCAGUGCUCUUCAUCCAUCCCACCUCACCCCACCGCACCUCACACUGGUGUGCUUUGGCAGUCCCUGACCACUUCUCCCGACACCAUCCUAACAUCCUGGCUUUCAGCAUCAGGGCCACCACGAAGUGCUAUAGCUUCUUAGACUUCCUCCUGCCACCUCUGUCUUGAGGUCAGAGCAUCUUCAGAGACGAUGGAGAGGACAUGGAGGACCUACUGUGGCUGUACCUGACCUGCCAUAUGCUAUGCCUGACCACAUUGCUGAGGACUUCCUGUUGCUUCUGGAUGGAAUAGGAGCCAGAAACAGAGUGGGCAGUAAGUGCUAGUCUUUUCCAGUCAACAUAAAUCUUACAGGAGUGUUUGAGGAACCAGUAAUGUUGAGUUGGAGAGAGUGAAGUCCAAAAUGGUAGUUUUCAAGUUGUAUUUUGAGGGGCAGAGGUUCCUAAUAGGCUCCUGCAGAACUGUUGCAGGGGCACUCACCUCUCAUGCCUGCUCCACUCAAAGUGGCUUAUUUUGCCUGUUUUGUGUGUUAGCAUUCUCAGUAGAUUUUCAUUUGGAGAGAGAGAAUAUGUCUAGGGAAAAUAUUCAAAAUUUUAUUGUUGAGUGUACCUCAAAGCCUUAGUUUAGUUUUUUAACUCUUGAACAUGAGAGACUUAAUGAGCUCUAACCUGAGGGCUGAGAUAGCGCUGAUCUUCUGGGAACCAACGAUAAAUGUAUAAAACCAAUGGUUUUGUACAUUAACUAACUAACCCAGUGUUGGUCUGAAACUGCCCUUGUUUAUUCUUGUGGUCUCAGGGUUAUUAACAAUAGUAUGUCCUUCAUUCUCCAAAGUAUCCCAGAUUUGAGUAGUAAAUUAUGUGAACACCUUGUGUGGGAGGACUUCCAGCCUUGCUUGAGAGGUUGAUUAUCCCAAAUGGAAGCCUGAAGAAGGACCCACUGGGGCCACCACUAGGGAACAGAGGCGCAGUCAUCCAGGUUAUCAGUAUCCAAUGCCAUCAUCUUCAUGAUGCUGUGAAACUGAAAAGGAGUCAGGACGAAAUGCUUUCCAGGCUUUGACCACUGUCACUUAGGACCAACCAAUCCACAAGCUGUGUGGCAUACUUUUCUUUUACCCUUUAUAUUUAGGCCUAUAAUCAGCUCUCUUGUUGCCUUUCAAUUCCUCUUUCAUUCUCUCUUUUUAAAAAUUUGACUCCCCACUGGUCAUGAGACUGAAGCUAACCUUUCAUAAACCCAAAAAAACAACUGCUCUAUUGGUAUAUGAUUAACCACAUGAAAAAUUCAGUGUGCAUAGUAUAUUUAUUAAACCCUGAAGGCAUUUCACAAAAUACUAACAUCAUGUUUUGAAUUACGAUCCUUGUGUUACUGGAACAAAAUGUAACAGAACUAAUAUUUUAAAAUCUUUUGCUUAUUUUGGACAACAUUACACCAAAUGUUGGUUUUUGUACAGAAUUCUGGCUUGCUAUUUAAAAACUAAAACUCCAAGUGUAUAGCAAAUCAAGUUGUGAAUAUUACUUUGUGCUUUGGUGAAAAGGCAGUUUACUGAAAGUAACAUGUUGUAACCUAUGUUUUGUUAAUUUAAGCAAAUAAAGACAUAUUUUAAAAAAAA